CGUGCUUCCCCAGCACUACAGCAAACAGCUGACUCCAGCAGCUGAGCUAGGGGGAGAGGUCACAUGACCACAACAGGAAAACAAGAGUGAAGAACAAUACCUUGCUCAGCCUUUGUUCUGCCUCCAGGAUCUCUGCAGCGCAAGUAACCAGGCCCCUGAACCCGAGCAGAGGAUCCUGUUGCGACACUUCUCUGGUUUAAUCAGUGACCUCAAAGGAAUUGGCUCAGCACUGCAGUCGCCAGGCUCUGCAGAUCAGUGUGUGGUCUCCCUGCCAGGGCUUUGAUCACCUCUCCCCACUGCCUUCCCUCCUACUGCAGAUAUGGAGCCCAGGAUGUUGCAGCUCCUUUUCGUCCUCCAUGUCUUGGCCCUCCCAGUCCAGCUCUGUGUGCCGUAACAUGACUGUGCAGCAAUGGGAGGGGAGAGUGGAUGAAGAGCAGGCCCCCAUAUCUGUGCAUGGGAACUGGCAGCUGCAAGAUGGAGCUCCACUUCCACAAAUGUUGCAAAACCAGACUGACGAAUUCUGCUAUGCUGGAGACCUCUUACCGCUCCACAGGACCAGUUCGGCACAGAAAUCCCCAGGGGAAAUCCUGCUCUGAUCAAAUGCCUGAACAUGGAGCUCUUGAGACUCAGCCAGGAUCUGUCGGAGGAGCUGAACCCCAGUGUGUAUGUGGCCCUUCGUCUUUCUGCUGACCACAGUCUGGAGAAAGAGGCCCAGUACCUCCAGAGACUGAAGAAUGUCUUCCAGCCCAGUGCCAGCAGCUCCAUAGCAGGUGGCCAACAGAAGCAGCCCAAUACAGGCCGCCUGGCUCUGUACCUCCUAGCACUGCGGGCUGCCUGCCAGGACAUGGAGACGCUCCUGGAGAGGCAGCUGGUGACCCGGUUGAAGUACCAUCUGCACAAGGAGAAGGAGCAGAUAGCUUUCAAAAGGAAUGGCCGCCCCAUCACCAGUUACUACCAGUACAGCCUGGGGGUCUUGGCCCUGUGUGUCCAUGGGAAGAAGAUUGACACCCAUGUGAUCCAGAAGCUCCUGAAUGCUGAGCAGCACAAGUUCAUGCAUGGCAGCAAGCUCUCUGUGGACACCAUGGCCAUGGCAGGCUUGGCCUUUGCCUGCCUGAAGCAGGCCAACCUCUACGAACCGGAGCUAGUGGCAGCAAUCAGCCUGGCUGUCCAGAGAGUGACGGACAGGAUUCUCCAGGCUCAGACCACCAAGGGCACCUUCGGCAACAUCUUCAGUAGCCCACUGGCCAUGCAGCUCUUGAUCGCCACCGGGAUGAGCAAGAAGCCAGAGUGUCCCAAAGGCAUGGAUGCUCUGCUGGGGAGCCUGGAACAGGGUCACUUCCAGAACCCCAUGAUCAUGUCCCAGCUGCUGCCCGUGCUGGAUGGAAAGAGCUACCUGGAUAUUGCCACCAUGGAGUGCCGGGCAGAGCAAGACACUUCGGAGCUAGACACCAAGUGCCCAGGAUCCAGGACAGUAAUUCUGGGGACCAAGAUGAUCACCGUUCAGCUGGCUGUGGAGCACCCUCCGAACCCUGAGAUGCUGUACAACCACUCCAUCCAGGUGCCCUCUGGGUCCUCCCUCCAGGACGUGCUGAGAACCGCUGCGGAGCAGGGCCCUGGGCAGUUCAUGUUUGAAACCCAGAACACCUUGCAUGGUCCAUUUUUAACCACAGUGAUGGGGGUGAAAGCCAGCAAUGGAGAGCGGAGAUACUGGCAACUCCUCCAGGCCCCACACACCAGUCUUCAGAAAGGCAUCUCUGACUACCAGCCUCAGGACGGAGAGUCCAUCAUCCUGAAGUUUAGCCCAUGGUAGAAGGCCUGCUGCCUGCCUUCCAGCUCCCUGCCCCACCUCAAUCCACAGUGAACUCUCUAUGUGUGUCUCUCUCUACCCCAGAAGCAGGAGGUCUCAGCUGGCAAUGGCAGCAUACGCCUGUCAAUCUGCGAGCCCUGUGCCCACAGGGUGGCAUCUUCCUCCCCACAGACUGAAGUCCAUAACGCAAGUCCCUGGCCUCCUGACAGGGUGUGUGUAUGUGUGCGUGUCUGUCUGUCAAAAGGGGCAAAUUCCCUCCUGCCCCAGAGACCUGUUCUGCUGUGGAUCAGCCACAACCAUCCACUCAAUGGAAACUAACCAUGCCAGGGAGUGGGGAGCAGCAGGUUUGGUGUGAAUGAAAAACCUUGAAUAUGAUGACACAGUGCAUCAUAAUUCUGAUUUUCUAAUGCAGCUUUAACCCUUGCUGUGCUUUGGCUGUCUAAACUGCCACCCAAUGAGUACAUAGGAGGAGGUGUCUGCAUCCUCCUGAUGGACACACUUUGUUUCCUGUGGGCCCACUAUACCAGUGCCCUGGUGUGACUGGGCUCCUGGGGAUUCUCUAGACUGCACCCCUCUGUAUAGCAGUCACUGCACAGCUCGCAGGCCAGGGAUUCCCUCCCUGCUCCCGCCCAAAUUCCUGAAGCAACAGAACUGCUGCUGUGAUGAGAGGAUGUGGCUGAUAUCUCUGCUGUCUGGAGAGCAGUGGGUGGGAACCUGGCCCCGUGCCAAGGGGAGAUGGUGCCCCCAUGCAGCCACUCUCCCUCAGUCUGACAUUUGGAUCUGAAAUGAUUAAAGCUUUGAUUGCAAACCUGA